AUGUUCUGCUCGGUGAAGGCGUUCGAGGGGCAGCAGUACUCGUCUCUGAAGCGUCAGUGUUUGCAGAGCGGGCUGCUCUACGAGGACCCGCGCUUCCCCGCCAAAGACGACUCCCUGUUCCUCCACGGAAACCGAAUCGGCCGAGUCGUGUGGAAGCGCCCGCGGGAGUUGUGCGUCGACCCUCACCUGUUCGUCGAUGGGAUCAGUGCUCAUGAUCUGCACCAGGGGCAACUCGGGAACUGUUGGUUUGUCGCCGCCUGCUCCAGCCUCGCCUCAAGAGAGUCACUGUGGCAGAAGGUGAUCCCGGACUGGAGGGAGCAGGAGUGGGACUCGGAGAAGCCGGACUCGUACGCCGGGAUCUUCCACUUUCGUUUUUGGCGUUUUGGCGAGUGGGUGGACGUGGUGAUCGACGACCGUCUGCCCACCGUCGACAACCAGCUCGUCUACUGCCACUCCAACGACAGCAACGAGUUCUGGAGCGCGCUGGUCGAGAAGGCCUACGCCAAGGUGUACGGCUGCUACGAGGCGCUGGACGGGGGGAACACGGCGGACGCUCUGGUGGACUUCACGGGCGGCGUGUCGGAGCCCGUGGACCUGCUCGAGGGGCAGAUGGCCACGGACGAAGCCGCCAGGAACCAGCUGUUCGAGCGAGUCCUGAAGGUCCACAACAGGGACGGGCUCAUCAGCUGCUCCAUCAGGGCGACCACCAUCGAGGACAUGGAGGCGCGUCUGGACUGCGGCCUGGUCAAAGGUCACGCCUACGCCGUGACCGACGUGAGGAAGGUCCGUCUGGGACACGGGCUCCUCGCCUUCUUCAAGUCCGAGAAGCUCCACAUGAUCCGCAUGAGGAACCCCUGGGGCGAGAAGGAGUGGAGCGGGCCCUGGAGCGACAGCUCAGAAGAAUGGAACAAAGUGAGCAAGAGCGAGAGGGAGAAGCUGGGAGUGACCGUGCAGGACGACGGAGAAUUCUGGAUGACGUUUGACGACUUCUGCCAGUACUUCACCGACCUGAUCCUGUGUCGCCUCAUCAACACGUCCUACCUGAGCAUCCACAAGACCUGGGAGGAGGAGGUGAUGAGGGGCUCCUGGACCCACCGCCAGGACCCGCUCCGCAACCGGGCCGGAGGCUGCAUCAACCACAAGGCCACCUUCCUCCAGAACCCACAGUACGUGUUCGAUGUGAAGAAGGUGGAGGACGAGGUGCUCAUCUGUUUACAGCAGAAGGAGAAGAGAGCCACGCCCAAAGAGGGAAAGUCCGAGAACCUGGCCAUCGGCUUCGACAUCCACCGGGUGGAGCUGAACAGGAAGUACCGUAUGCACAGCGCGCAGCAGAAGGUCGCCGGCUCCAUCUACAUAAACUCUCGCUGCGUGUUCCUCAGGAAGGAGCUGAAGGAAGGACGCUACGUCAUCAUCCCCACGACCUUCGACCCCGGACAGCAGGGAGACUUCCUGCUGCGCGUCUUCACUGAUGUGCCUUCAGACUGCAAAGAGUUGUCUCUGGACGAGCCUCCUCAGACUUGUUGGACGGGGAUGUGUGGGUUUCCUCAGCUCGUGACUCAGGUCCAUGUGCUGAGUGCAGAAGGACUCCAGGGACCAGACUCCAACGGAGCCCUGGACCCGUACGUGAUCAUCUCGUGUGAGGGCGAGCGGGUUCGGUCUCCGGUGCAGAGGGACACACGCUGCCCAAACUUCGACGUCAAAGGAAUCUUCUAUCGCAAAAAACCCAAGGAGGCCAUCCACAUCGAGAUCUAUAACCGUAACAUAAUCAUGGACACGUUCCUGGGGCAGGUGGUCGUCCUGAGCGACCCCAACGAGCGGCAGGAGCAGCACAGCCUGCACCUGCGCGACAGGGGCAACCGACAGGAGAGCGACCUGCCGGGGACGCUGACGGUGCGCCUCUGCACGUCCACCACGCUCACCAACAUCUGACACCACC